AUGGGCUCUUCUCAUCCUGGUUGCAGGCCCCACCUUAAGGACCAGUCAAUCAGAUCUGCGACAACCUUGAAGCUCCAGACUACUUCAGAAUUCGGAUCCAAGCGAGCACAACUGAAGGAGCUUCUAGGAAAUCAAUGUGAUACCAUCGCUCUGUCUCUAGGUGCAAGGACCAGCACCAACCAUCUCCCCAUUUUGGCAAUUAUUGGCCAUUGGCUUGCACCUGAUUUAACGUACCAAGGGCGUACUCGCAAGGUUGAGAACUUCAUGGUCUGGCUCUACACAAGAACCCCAUUUAUUACUGUUCACACUAUCAAAAACUCUGGUGAACACUCAGGCGAAAACCUCGCCGAUAUAGUGAUUGUUACUACGCUGAACAACCUGACAAUAUAA